GUGUAGGCCGCAGUGAGUUAGCAGCGGCUGUUCCUGUUGCAGUGUCUGAUCUCAGCGUCCUGUAGCGGCAGCAUGUUUCUAACGCGUUCUGAGUACGAUAGGGGGGUAAACACAUUCUCUCCGGAAGGCAGACUCUUUCAAGUAGAAUAUGCCAUAGAAGCUAUAAAGCUUGGCUCCACAGCCAUCGGUAUCCAGACAUCUGAAGGGGUAUGCCUUGCGGUGGAGAAACGGAUCACAUCACCGCUGAUGGAGCCCGGAAGCAUUGAGAAAAUCGUAGAAAUAGAUGCUCAUAUAGGCUGCGCAAUGAGUGGAUUAAUUGCAGAUGCUAAGACCCUAAUCGAUAAAGCUAGAGUUGAAACUCAGAAUCACUGGUUCACAUAUAAUGAAACAAUGACUGUGGAGAGUGUCACACAAGCGGUGUCAAAUCUAGCACUACAGUUUGGGGAGGAGGAUGCUGAUCCUGGAGCCAUGAGUCGUCCAUUUGGGGUUGCUUUGCUGUUUGGUGGAGCAGAUGAGAAAGGACCUCAGCUUUUUCACAUGGAUCCCUCUGGGACUUUCGUGCAGUGUGAUGCUAGGGCCAUUGGGUCUGCUUCUGAAGGGGCACAGAGCUCAUUGCAGGAGGUGUAUCAUAAGUCAAUGACUCUGAAAGAAGCCAUUAAAUCAUCGCUCACAAUCCUAAAGCAGGUGAUGGAAGAGAAGUUGAACGCCACAAAUAUUGAGCUUGCUACGAUAGAGCCUGGGAAGAAGUUUCACAUGUACUGCAAGGAAGAGAUGGAAGAGGUUAUAAAGGACAUUUGAUCGUAAUCACACUAGACUCUCCAGUGCAGAUUGGACCACAGCUGACAGUUCCUGCGUACAGUUUUUUUUUUUUUUUUAUGAUUGUGUCUGUAUAUAGACGCAGGUUCUAGUUGCCCAAAAUAAACCCUUUUCUUACUCUCAA